ACAAAGUUUGCAUUGGUGGUUUGGAGAACUUUUCUGCUUACAACUUCUCUGCAAUAACUUUCCUUUUUUCGUCCUGUGAUUGUUUUUUUAUUUAACUCUGGUGUCCAUUAGGGCACAUUUUGAGUGUGGAAUGACUGAACUCGUGCGAAUCCGUAAGAAACGUCUGCAGAUCCCCAUCUCUAGGCUGAGGAGCAUUCUGAAGCAGCUGGAGGAGACAGAUGUCGACUUUCAAGAAAUCAAAAAGAAUCUGGAUUUCACAGCAUCGUUACUGGAGGCAGUUUACCUCGAUGGAACAAGACAGUGUCUCGAGACUGAGGAUGACCUACAGCAGCUGCAGUCAGAUGGCGUGCCUUCAGAGGUCACUGAUUGGCUGGCGUCCACCUUCACCCAGAGGGUUCGGCGGCCUGUACGACGCUCAGACGAGAAGCCCAAGUUCCGCAGCAUUGUGCAUGCAGUGCAGGCUGGGAUAUUUGUGGAGAGGAUGUUCAAGAGGGCCUACACGGCAGCCAUGCCAGACCAACCUGCAGCGGUCGUAAACUGCCUCAGGGAUGUUGACCGCUGGAGUUUUGACGUGUUUGCUCUGAACUCAGCCAGCUCUGAUCACGCUCUACGAUCUCUGUUUUUUGAACUGAUCACCAGAUAUGGCCUCAACAGCCGUUUUAAGAUCCCCAUCUUGUGUCUGACAGAGUUCCUGUCUGCACUGGAGAGAGGAUACUGCAAACACAACAACCCCUACCACAGCCACGUCCAUGCUGCUGAUGUGACUCAGACACUGCACUGCCUGCUGCUGCGCUCUGGACUUGUGCACUGGCUGACAGAGCUUGAGGUUAUGGCGUCACUAUUUGCUGCAGCCAUCCAUGACUAUGAACACACGGGAACCACAAACAACUUUCACAUCCACACAAAGUCAGAGUUUGCAUUGAUCUACAAUGAUCGGUCGGUACAGGAAAGCCAUCACCUGAGUGCAGCAUUUCGCCUGCUACAGGAUGACCAAAUGAACAUCUUCACUAACUUGACAAGAGAGGAAUGGAUGGAGCUGCGAUCACUUGUUAUAGAGAUGGUGUUGUCCACAGACAUGUCCUCCCACCUACUCCAAGUCAAAGGGAUGAAAUCCUGUCUACAGCAACAAGAACGGAUUGAUAAGCCCAAAGCACUGUCUCUGUUACUCCACACGGCUGACAUAAGCCAUCCAUCCAAGCCCUGGGCUCUGCACUCUCGCUGGACCAAAGCCCUGAUGGAGGAGUUUUUCAGGCAGGGUGAUAGAGAGGCAGAGCUCGGCCUUCCCUUCUCUCCUCUGUGUGAUCGAAAAAGCACCCUGAUAGCCGAGUCUCAGAUUGGUUUCAUAGACUUCAUUGUGUAUCCUACAUUCUCUCUGCUGACGGACAUGGCUGAAAAGAUUGUUAUUCCUUUGGUAGAAGAGAACCCAGGGCCACCUGACCCCUGCAACAGACACAGUAAUCUGUGGAAGGAGAGCUCCAGAGGCCUGCAGUGGAGUCUCGCUCAUAUCACAGCUGAGCUGGUGAGCUUCCGCUCCACUUGGACACGACACACCGAAGACAACAAGAUCAAAUGGAAGGAAAGUGGCUCCAAUGGAUUUUCAGACCCCGGUUUGACAAAAGGGCAGAGAUCCAGCCAAAAGGAGCUGUCAGAAAAAUCCCUGCAAGACCCCACUACAGAUUCAAAACAGUAGAAAGGACUUUUUCUAGGAAGGUUAACUGAGGUUAUGCUGAAUCACUGUUUAUAACAAAACCAUAAUGCCUUCUUAUGUCAUGAGUGAGGGAGGCGGAGGGAGGGAGGGGUGUUUUAAGGUUAACAUCAUCUUCCCAAGGUAAGAUGCUGUCUAUUCACAGAAAUGUCCUAAUGUCUUAUUUCAAGGAUAGUAUACUGUGAUAAUUUAAAUGCAGAAGUGUACAUGCUGGCCAUGUUAUACAUUAUCUUGCAUGUUAUUAAUUUAAUUUGCCACCUAAACACUUGUAAGGAACCUUUAUUAGUUUGACUUGUACACAAAUCAUUUAAUCAUGCAAUAAAC